CUAGUCAACUAACCAUUGACAAAUCACGACCACCUUCAUCAAGCCCUUCAAGUAUAAUUCGCCGCACUUCCUCACUGGAUACACUUGCUGCUCCCUACCUUGCUGGACAAUGGCCUCGUGAUAAUCAUGUGCAGGCUGCUCCCUGUAUGAGGGAUAAAGCCACACAGACAGAGAGUGCUUGGGCUGAAGAAUAUUUAGAAAAGAAGAAAGGAUCUCACAAGCGUUCAGCAUCCUGGGGCAGCACAGACCAACUCAAGGAGAUUGCAAAACUGCGUCAGCAGUUGCAGAGAAGUAAACACAGCAGCAGGCAUCAUCGGGAUAAAGAAAGACAGUCUCCAUUCCAUGGUAACCAUGCAGCCAUUAAUCAGUGCCAGGUAAGGCUAUGCCACUUGUCAGGGCAUUGUGGGAGUAAGCAUGUUAACUCCUGUGCAUUCCAAAUAGUGAUUUUUUUUUUAAAGAAAAAAAAUGCUUCCAUAUGUUUUGAAAUACUUGUUUACUACUGAAUGAUGUAUAUCUGU